GUCUGGUCCGGUUCUGUUGGAGCGGGAGGUGUGUACGGCGCUUUUGUCGUGUGGAUUCCCCGUGUGGUCAGCUAGGUUUAAUUUCCGCGAAACGCGCGCUUGCUGAAAACAACGCGAAAGUGCUGAUUUGCAAAGUGUGGCUUCCAUUAUCCAGCUGGGCAAGGAAUAGGACCAAUUGGAAGAGUUGAUAGCAGUUGUUGCUGACAAGUGCUAAGUGAUAGAACGUUCCCGGAUUGGCUGUUACAAUGGCUGAACGAUUCCUGCCAUGCCGGGUGCUGCAGCCGGUGACGUCACUUGAGGCCGGCUACCUCAAGGACAACAACUUUGACACCGUCUGCGUGAUCGACGGCGCCCAAGUUCCGGCUCAGUUGAAAGCUUGUUUCAGCGCGCACGAAUCGGUGGAUGCGGCGUUCAACAUCGAGAUUUGCUGUUUCAGGUCGGGCGUGUUGGAUUGUCGCGUGGUUUACGCGCCCCUCGGGACGUUGACCGAUUUCGAUGAUGUUCGUCGGUUUGGGGAGGCCGCCGGUAAGGCGCUGGAUCGUGCCAUCAAGGCUGGGGCGAAGCAACCGUUGUUGGUGCUUCCGACGGCCAGUGCGGAUUUCGCCGAUGCCGAUCUGGUGUCGAUUCUGGGUGCGCUGGCCAAGCUGUACGUUCCGUUGCAGCUGCGCGAGGACGUCCCAGCGAAGAAGGAACGCUUCGUUAAGAUUGGAUUCUUCCACCCGGAUGCUGCCAAGUUGGCCAAACUGUUGAAGGAAGCUUCGGCCUUCGAGGCAGGUCGCUUUGUCGCUCGGGACAUUGGUGGAGGUGACCCGGAACGCAUGGCACCGCCCCGUGUCGAGCAGUAUCUGAACGAUGGAGUGUUUGACAAGAAUCUGGUGUUUAAAACCGUUAUCUCCGAUGAGGCCAUUCUGACCAAGGAGUACCCGCUGUUCGCUGCGGUCAACCGUGCCGCGGCAUGUGUCCCCCGCCACCAAGGACGUCUCAUCUUCCUGGAGUACAAGUCCAACAGCCCACCGAAGAAGACGCUGAUCCUGGUCGGCAAGGGUGUCACCUACGACACCGGUGGCGCCGACAUCAAGGCCGGAGGAGUGAUGGCCGGUAUGAGCCGUGACAAGUGCGGAGCGGCGGCCGUCGCCGGGUUCAUGAAGACCGUCGAGCAACUCCAGCCCCAGGGCGUCCACGUGAUCGGGGUCCUGUGCAUGGUGCGCAACUCGGUCGGCGAGGAGUGCUACGUCUCGGACGAAAUGGUCACCUCACGGGCAGGCGUGCGAGUCCGCGUUGGCAACACGGACGCCGAGGGUCGUAUGGCCAUGGCGGAUGCCCUGUGCCACAUGAAGGAACGUGUCAUCGCGGAGAACAUGCCCGACGCGCAUCUCUUCACGAUCGCAACCUUGACCGGGCAUGCCGUGCUGGCGGUUGGCAAUCACUCGAUCGUGAUGGACAACGGACCGGCUCGGGCUGCCGGACAUGGACGUCGACUGCAGGAGCAGGGUGAGGUGAUCGGGGAUCCGUUUGAGAUUUCGAUUCUACGCAAGGAGGACUUUGACUUCCACUGUGGCAAGUGCUACGGUGAGGAUGUUCUGCAGGCGAACAAUUUGCCGUCCAGCAGGACCGUGCGUGGACAUCAGAGUCCUGCCGCCUUCAUGAUGCUGUCUACCGGGCUGGACAAGCACGGGCUCAAGUCGGACCGGCCGAUCAAGUACUCCCACCUGGACAUCGCCGGCAGUGCCGGUGACAUUCCGGACCCGCCAACCGGCGCCCCCAUUCUGGCCCUGGCCCGGACCCAUUUGCAUUAAGUGCCAACACUUUUGGCCGCAAUCAUCAUCACGUGAAAGGAGGGGCGAAUUGAAAGAAUAACAAUGUACUUUUUUUUUUUGUGGAAAAGAAAAUCUUCCUUAUCUACACACACUCACAUACACAUUGCGCUGCGUCGCAAAUAAAAUAUCCAGUUAAUACAUGUACUUAUAAGUAAUUCAGUGGAGUAAAAAAAAAAACACACACAAAUGUUCAGAGAGUGCGUCUCGUAAUAAAACCAGAGCAUUUCUUUUACAA